AUGCAACCGGGUGAGGAAAGCUUAAUUCUUCUAGAUGGAAGACACGAAUUUCCGUUCAGCUUUCAGCUCCCUCAAGAACCUCUGGUGACCUCUUUUACUGGGAAGUAUGGCAGUAUCCAGUACUACGUGAAAGCAGUUCUGGAGAGGCCUGCUGUGCCUGACCAGAGUGUGCAGACAGAGCUCCAGAUCAUCAGCCAUAUCGACGUCAGCUCACCAGCUCUCUUGACACCUGUUCUAAGAAGUCAGGAGAAGAUGGUUGGCUGUUGGUUUUUCACCUCUGGGCCAGUGUCUCUCAGUGCCAAAAUUGAGAGGAAGGGAUACUGUAAUGGGGAAGCCAUCCCAAUCUAUGCAGAAAUUGAGAACUGCUCUUCUCGUUUGAUUGUUCCAAAAGCUGCCAUUUUCCAAACACAAACUUACCUGGCCAGUGGGAAGACAAAAACCUUCCGUCAGAUGGUUGCCAAUGUCCGAGGAAACCACAUUGCCUCUGGGAGUACAGAUACCUGGAAUGGGAAAACUCUGAAAAUCCCACCUGUAUCCCCAUCUAUACUUGACUGCUGCAUUAUUAGAGUAGAAUAUUCAUUAGCUGUGUAUAUCCAUAUUCCUGGUGCUAAGAAAUUGAUGAUUGAAAUGCCUCUGGUGAUUGGCACUAUUCCAUGUAUUGGAUUUUCAAGCAGGAACUCCAGCAUUACCAGCCAGUUUAGUAUGGAUAUGAGUUGGCUGGCAUUGACCAUGCCCGAACACCCUGAAGCACCACCAAAUUAUGCUGAUGUAGUGUCUGAGGAAGAGUUUUCCAGACAUGUUCCUGCUUAUCCACCACCCAUUGACUGUGAGGAACAGUUGUGUUGUCCUGUCUUUGCUUACAUACAAGAGUUCCGGUUUCAGCCUCCACCUCUUUAUUCAGAGAUUGAUCCACAUCCAACUGAUGUAGAAGAAGUUCAGCCUGUUUCAUUCAUGAUCUGAAGAGGAUUUGUAACAAGCAUCAUUGUGAUGAAUGUCUUAAUCUUUCUGCUGCUUAAGCUGGUAGUGCAGCUAAAAAGGAAACAGUUUUCUUUUUCAAAACUUCAGUCUGUGUACGAGAAAGGCAAAGGAAAAUGGAGAAGGAGGUAUGAGCACGUUUGGUGAUAAAAGAGAACCUGCUGGAUUAGUCUGCACAGAGGAUAACAGGAGAGCAGCUAAACUUGGGAUACUUGAGAAGUACCUGAAACGAAAAUGCAUCAAGGAAAUACUGAAUGUUUUCCAAAAAGUGGAUACACUACACAAAGUACAAGGAGGAGAUGUGUGGAUCUUCUGAAAAGAAAAGGAUUUAUAUUUUGUUUGCAACACUCUGGAAGAAUGUACAUAGUGAUGUGGAGAACUCCUGUAGUAGAACAGAAUAUGGGGUAAGAAAACAUUUCCAAAAGAUUCCAGUGUUCGAGGGGCUUCAGCUUUGCACUGUCUGCAUCUAAAAAAGGAACACUACUGCAACUCAGAGCAAAGUCUUUACUUCAUAUUUGAUGGGAACCUGCCCUUCUCAUGACUGCCACGUGGUACUAUUGCCUCAUCCAUCAUGGUCCUGAGGACACCGUGGAUGACAGAAUGGCUAUUACGCAAUAUUAAAAAGGCAACCAUUUCCUGAAUGCAAGGCACAAGUGUGAAACAGAAUACUGAACUUUGAGAUGAGCUUAUGCACUAUGCUUUCUUUCAAGGGAUUUCUUAAGGGAAUUAUUCUAACCUCUUCUACUGUGAGUUCUUCUUCUGCAUCUUAAGCCUAUGGAUAGCAUGAUAAGGGGAAGCAUGGCAAGGGAGAAGCCUUUUGCCAGCUUAGCAAAAUGGACAAUAUUUAUUUAUUCAAAAGCCUUUAUAAGCCUACCUCUGUUUUGGAUAUUUACUUAUGGUCAGAUUUGAGACCAAAAAAAGUCUUGUUAAAGCUCCAGUAUACUUCAAGGUUCUAAAAGGGACCCUAAAUGGUUUCUGUGGUUAGUGAAUGCGAUAUGAGGUGUGGGGAGAGGUGUAAAUAUACCCAGAAUAGACAUAGCUUAUAACUGAAGUGAAAGCAGACAUCAGGGGAACAAAGUUCUCUGGUAAUGGCACAAAGCUUUUCAUUACUCCUGCAUUUUUGUCUAAAGAUCUAUUGUCAGGGGCUGCACUGGUCAUUUGCUAUCCAUACUAUAUUUGUUGGUGUGUUUCCUUGUUUGUUUUUUCUGUUUAAUUUUGUUUUGGUGCAAUAUUUUAAUGUUUUCUUCCUCAGGUCAUUUAGAACAGUGAGAGUUUGUUGCUGCUAAGAGUGAAGGCACAGCAUUUACUUGCCCUUCUGCUGCCUUCAUUAAAAAGUAGAAUGUUUGCUUCCUGCCAGCCAUCAAUUGGGAUCAGUAAACAAUCACCAACAGAUCACUUACAGGAGCAGAAAACAGCAUUGUCAACAUGCAUGUUUACAGUCCUGUCUGAAAAACAGGGGAUUUUGGACUACUAGAAAUACUCCAUAUGUCUUACAGAAGGGUUGGGGUUAAAACCCGGUGCUUCAUGUGGUGAAACAGUGUACUUUCUGAUAACUACCAACAUAGUAAUUGAGUUUCCUUCAUUUCAUCAAUAACUGCAGUUUAAACAAAGUCUAAAUGGUUUUUUAUGAAAUCUGUCUUCACUUAAGAAGAAGGGAUUUUUCUACAGGCAUACACGGAUAUAUAUUUUUAGUCUUCUU